AUGAAGUUACUUGUACUUUUGUGUCUUGUGGUUAUUAUUUGUGUAAACUGUGAACAUCUUAUAGUUGGUAAUGUAGCAAACAGAGUAACCUUAGCGCACCAUACUACGGCUAGCUACAGAGCUAUCCCAUUUGUAAAACGGGUGAAAUACUAUUUUUACUCGAUACCAGAUAACAAAUUAAUACAAGGUAUCCAGGCACUAGACAACCUCCAUAGCAAAGCUUCUAUGAACAUCACGGCUGGUGGCGUCGGCUACUCCUACGUCAACCUUCGCAUGAAGAGUGAGAGAGGAAGCGGCCUCGAAUACGAUAUUGGAAUAUACGUUAAGCAGGACGGGUGGUAA